UCCGCUUUUCUCAUUGCAGUUCCUCCCGGUCCUCCAAGAAUCACCUUUCCACACAAUCUCUAUGGAGACACAUUCCACGAAGGCAAUCAUUUGAGAGCGGAGUGCAUUGCCACACCACCUGGCUACCCUGUGGGAGCACUUUUUUGGAGAUGGCAUUUCCAUCACUCCGUCUAUCAGACUCCCAAGUCGCAUAUCCUUCCCUUCCAUUCAAAGGACUUCGGUCAAGUCAUCUCUGCCAUUGAAGAUGUGCCUACCAGUUUCUAUGACACCUACACGAAUGGAGAGUUGAAGGCAGUACUAAACAUUCCAAACAUUAAUAGGCGUUACCAUGGUGCCAACCUCUCCUGUGAGACUGCUCAUGACACUGGUGUAUCGAAGAGAGUGGAUGUGAAUAUCAAGAUACAGUUUCCACCUCAAAAUCUAACCAUUACCUUGAAGAACAAUCAACUAUCAACUGGUCUUGUAAAUAGACGCACAGAGCUGAUAGCAUACGCUGAAGAAAAUGCAAAAUUAAAUUUUGUCUGCACUACUGAUGAAAUGUAUCCUGAUGCAAAACUAAAGUGGGUUCUCCACACUGAGGAUCGAGCAGUUGCCACUUCAGAUAUUGAAAUCGUACGUGAUGAGAUUAAGACCUCGACUCGAAAACCCGAAGCCUUCAUUCGAGAAUCAGAGGUUAUCAUAAAAAUGCUGAAGAGAAAUCAGUAUGGAUAUCUCGAUUGCCAAAUGUGGUAUGAAGGAACCAAUCACUUGGUACAAACUGUUCGUUUGGGUAUAAUCUAUCCACCCGACCCACCAAUUAUUAAGGGCUUGGUAAAUGGCGAACCGCUGAGAAGUGGCGAAUCUCGUAGGCUGACAUGUGAAUGUUUAAAUGGUCACCCUCCGCCAAGGCUUCAGUGGAUGAAAAAUGAUCAACCGAUUGCGUCGACAUUUACUCAGAGAAAUUUUCGAGGCGGCGUGAGUUUAGAUCUAGAGUUAAUUGGGAAAAUGGAAGAUAAUGGUGCUACUCUAAGAUGUGUAGCUAUGAACCAGGCUCAAAAUGGUGUCGUGAAAAGCGCGAAUAUCGCUUUAAAUAUGUACUUUCCAGUAACCGAAGUGAAAGUGAGCAUUAAUCGCGAGAGUCCGAUCUUGGCAGAAAAUGAAAUUGAGGUCAACUGCGAGGCCGGAUCAGCUAAUCCUCCUGCAAGCAUUCAAUGGCGCUACUUCCAUUGCAGCCGAAUCAAGCAGUAUAUGCGUCGUGCUGAUCAUUCCACCAUUAUGCUCACGUCUCAAGCUAAAGGGUCUUUACCAACUGGCUCUAUUCUCACUGGCUCAGAUGAACUAGCACAAGACUGUGAAAUGGACGAACGCACCGGUAUUGACGAUCCAACGAUAAAUGGAAGCUAUGGUGGCUUCAUUUCACGGGGUCGUCUGAUUCUUCGUCCCCAAUGGAGAGAUCACUUGGACAUAGUGACUUGUUUGGUUUCAAAUAGUGUCUACAACCACUUGACCAAACAGAGUGAAGUGCAACUAAAUGUCUCCUUCACCCCGCACUUUAUUGGAUUUCAGCCGGGCCACGUGCAUACUAUUCUGGAAGGGAGCUCUGGAACCCUUGAUUUAAUUCCCUAUGGCAAUCCAAAGUGUGAGAAAAUAGUGUGGAUGAGGGAAGGUAGGCCCCUUCCAACUAGCAAGUUCGACCCAAGAACUGUUGAUUUGAAAAAGCCUUCCAUCCUACGACAAGUAAGCAAGCUAUCUGGACUUUAUCAAUUUGAUGAGCUUCUGGUUAUCUGGAAUAUCAAGCGAAUUCAUACAACCAACGUGACGAUUCAAGCUGAGAAUAAUCUAGGAAAGACCCAGGCCACAUUUCUGCUGAACGUCACAUUUCCUGCCCAAAUAACCAGGGUCAAAGAUGCCAACGUGUCUCUGAAUGAAAUGGCUAUUUUGGAAUGUUUAGCCAAUGGAAAUCCCUCUUAUGCGGAGAGUGUAUUUCAGUGGAAUCGUCGUCUUUACCCUGGUUGGGAUAUAGAAGCUGAUAAAGCUCCGGGAUUUGAGACAAGCUCUCUCGGUUGUAAUGGUGUAACACGAGUGAAUGGAAAUGUGAAACACUUGGUUAAGUGCGAGAAUAUUGGAGGUUACAAUAUGCGAAGCCAAUUGCAAGUCUACAAUGUCACUAGAGACGACGUUGGUCUCUAUGUUUGCAAAGUGAAUAAUGGUAUCUUCCCGUCACAUCAGUCGGAUGCCAAACUCUUUAGUGUCUUCGCUCCUGAAAUAGUCAAACAACCGAAGUUCGCUAAAGUCGCCGCACCUUUCGGCAAAAACGUGGAUUUACAAUGCUUCGUGCGUGUUGAACCAGAGCCCAAGGUCGUCUGGCAACUCAAUCGACGGGACCAUGAGGGCAGCACCACUGUAGUUCGUGUGUUGGAUUCAGAAUGCGGCUCAUUUGUCGCCGAUCUGGGUGUGCCUUGUAUCAGAGCGGCUAGACCCAAGUUUGUGUCCUCCAUGAAAAAAAUUCGACCUGGCUAUUAUUCUGCCAUUCUACGUAUCAAUGGUAUUCACGUUACAGAUUUCGGCAAAUACACUUGCAAGAUAUCCUCAAAGAUGGAAAAAGAUCAAUUUGACAUUCAAGUGACUGGAACAGGUCCAGCAGAAGUCCCCUUCAAUCUUCGAUUACUAAAUGCGUCGGCAAAUAGCCUCAAAAUCGCGUGGGGACAGGGUUUUAAUGGCGGACAUAAACAAACAUUUACAGUGAGUGCUCCUCGCCUUGGCUUCUUAUCCUUAUGUUUCAUUAAAGAGGAUGAAUCUUGA